AUGGAGGGGAACACAGAAGAUGUAGAGAGUCCAGGUACAAGUGAUCCAUACGUGAAGUUUAAAAUUGGAAGGAAAGAAGUUUUUAGAAGUAAAAUAAUAUAUAAGAACCUCAAUCCUGUGUGGGAGGAAAAAGCUUGCAUUCUUGUUGAUCAUCUUAGAGAGCCACUGUAUGUAAAGGUAUUUGACUAUGAUUUUGGACUACAGGAUGACUUUAUGGGCUCAGCCUUUCUGGAUCUCACACAGUUGGAGUUAAACAAGCCCACGGAUGUGACUCUGCCAUUGAAAGAUCCCCAUUAUCCUGACCAUGACCUUGGAAUCAUUUUGCUCUCAGUUGUCCUCACCCCUAAGGAAGGAGAACACAGGGAUGUGACAAUGCUAAUGAGGAAGAGUUGGAAAAGAUCAAGUAAGGAACUCUCAGGAAAUGAAGUGGUUGGAUCUUAUUUCUCUGUGAAGCCUUUCUUUUGGAGGACGUGCGACAGGCCUGCUUUCCCUAUCCUGGGCUUCUGCAGAGCAGAGCUUCAGAGUGCUUAUUACCAAAACACACAAUUUCAGACCCAAAGUUUACGUCUAUCAGAUGUACACAGAAAAUCACAUCUUUGGCGUGGAAUAGUCAGUAUCACAUUGAUUGAGGGGCGAGAUCUCAAGGCAAUGGAUUCAAACGGGUUGAGUGACCCCUACGUGAAGUUCCGGCUUGGCCAUCAGAAGUACAAAAGCAAGAUUAUGCCCAAAACUUUGAAUCCUCAGUGGAGGGAACAAUUUGAUUUUCAUCUCUACGAAGAAAGAGGUGGAAUCAUUGAUAUCACUGCAUGGGACAAAGACGCUGGGAAAAGGGAUGAUUUUAUUGGCAGGUGCCAGGUCGACCUCUCGGCCCUCAGUAGAGAACAGAAACACAAAUAGCCUUUAAGUCACUUAUGCAGCAUCCUGAAAUCAACCAUAAAACUUAGUGUUUUUUUUCAGCACACUCUUUGAGACCCUUUAGGACCUCUCUUUUCUAAUACUGAUGUUUGGGUCUUUCAGAGCCCAUUGAGGAUAUUUAACAACCUAAAAGAUGUGGGAUUUCUCCAGGUGAAAGUAAUCAGAGCAGAAGGAUUAAUGGCUGCUGACGUUACAGGUAAAAGCGACCCAUUUUGUGUAGUUGAACUGAACAAUGAUAGGCUGCUAACACAUACCGUAUACAAAAAUCUGAAUCCUGAGUGGAACAAAGUCUUCACGUUCAACAUUAAAGAUAUCCAUUCAGUUCUUGAAGUGACAGUUUAUGAUGAAGAUCGGGAUCGAAGUGCUGACUUUCUGGGCAAAGUUGCUAUACCAUUGCUGUCUAUUCAAAAUGGUGAACAGAAAGCCUACGUCUUGAAAAACAAGCAGCUGACAGGGCCAACAAAAGGGGUCAUCUAUCUUGAAAUAGAUGUGAUUUUUAAUGCUGUGAAAGCCAGCUUACGAACAUUAAUACCCAAAGAACAGAAGUACAUUGAAGAGGAAAACAGACUCUCUAAACAGCUGCUACUAAGAAACUUUAUCAGGACGAAGCGUUGUGUCAUGGUGCUUGUAAAUGCUGCAUACUACGUUAACAGUUGCUUUGAUUGGGACUCACCCCCAAGGAGCCUUGCUGCUUUUGUGCUCUUUCUCUUUGUUGUCUGGAACUUUGAGCUCUACAUGAUACCACUGGUUUUGUUGUUACUACUGACAUGGAACUACUUCUUGAUAAUAUCAGGGAAAGAUAGCAGGCAACGUGAUACCGUAGUGGAGGACAUGCUAGAGGACGAGGAAGAAGAAGAUGACAAAGAUGACAAGUUCUCCUUCAGUACUUUCAACUGGACUGUCCCAUUCUUAAGCUGGCUGGCCAUUGUGGCCCUCUGUGUAUUCAUAGUCAUCCUGUACUUCAUUCCACUGAGAUACAUUGUCCUUGUCUGGGGCAUCAACAAAUUUACAAAAAAGCUUCGGUGUCCCUAUGCGAUCGAUAACAAUGAACUACUUGACUUCCUUUCCAGAGUUCCUUCAGAUGUACAAGUGGUGCAGUACCAAGAACUGAAACCAGAUCCCUCUCACAGCCCAUGUAAAAGGAAGAAAAACAAUCUUGGCUAGCCAGCUCCCAGCACUAAGAAGACCAGCAUCUGUUUGGGAAGAUAAAAGAAAAAGCCUUCAAGCCUCAGAAGCAUUUCCUUUCUUUCUGCUUUUUAUUUAUUUUGCCUUUUUUUUUAUCAUGAUUGAGAGAAUUUGUAAAUAGUGUACAAGGGCCUAUGUCUUUGAAAAUAUACUUCCAUUGUACAGCAUCAAUUUGAUAAAGGUUUUAGUUACUGCUGUGUGAAAGUCUUGUUAGCUGUGGAUAGUAAUGUAACACACUGGAACAACAAAUGUAAGAAUAGUAACACUGGGAGGACACACUUGUCUAAUUACGAGUGGAAGAACCAGAUUAAUUGCUUAGCUAUGCUCUGAUUAAAUCUACAUAAAAUGUAAAUGUCCAUUUAAUUUUAAAUUUUUUUUUAAUGUUGACUUUUUUAUCUGAAAAGUAAUCCAUUACUGUUUUCUAUGUUUUAUACAUUUCAAAAGGGAGGGUGGAGUCCCAAAACGUGAAUAAUGAAACAGAUGCAUUUCAAUUUAACGUAAAUCCUGACUUCAGAUCCCAACAUUUAUUCCUGAGCAAAUUAUUGAGAUAUGACUAGGCAGAUUUUAAGUUAAUGAGUAAAGAUACAUUCACCCCCUCAAAAGAAUCUUCUACACUCUGAAAUCCUACAAAGAAAACUUCAAAACCUUCUAUCAUUCCAUCUAAAACCUCAAAAUCUCUAUAGGAUUACACGUAAAUACUGCCAGGUUUAUAAAUGAUUGCCUAUCUAAAUUUUUAUACCUACUACUACUUUAAUUUGUACCUAGCAAGCAAAUUAGCAAAAUUUCAGUAGUCAAACAUACUAGCAAACUAAAUCCAUAUUGCUUUUGGUGUCAGAUUAUACCUCUGUGUAUCUAAAAAUAUUUAAUAAAAAGUGUUCUCACAGAAAAAAAUUCUGCUUUCUCAUUAGCUUUAAUGCAUACUUUGAUUUGUUAUUAGUGUUAAUUUUAAUGUAGAGGAGAAUGCAGUGUGCUAAGUGAUAUGACAGUGUUUCAUUACAUUCAUUUAUAGAAAAAAUAAUCAUUCUUGAUAAUAUGAAUGCAUGAAAACCUAUUUUGUAAAAUAAACUGUUUAUGGGGAAGGGGAGUUUGCCUUUAAAAAUGUUUCACUACUUACUGUAGAAUCUAUACUUACAAAUUGCUUUCCCAAGACUCUUGUGGUUGUUUUUGUACCUAACUCCCUGUUAUAUCAAGGGAGUAUACCUCUGGAAAGAGAAAUAAUUUGGUAAGAAUGUCUUACUUCCCCUGACUUGGUAGGGAAUGAAACUUGGUUGAAAUUGCUAUAGACAAUGUUUUGCACUACUUUAUUAAUAGACUGGGAUAGGGUGAAGGUGGGGGUUAUUCUGGAAAAAUGUAGAAAAAUCAGAAGAAAUAUAUAAAAAUUCUUUAAAAAUAAAUGUAAUGUCAUCAAAGCUGAUUUUUAAAGUAUUUUUAUUUUAAAGCUAUGUUGUUAAAUACUAUUUCUUAUGAUAGAACUAUUUUGAUCUGUUUAUACACUAUGGUUGAAAGAAUGCCAAUUAAAUUCCCUUUCUACAGAAAGGCUUUGACCUCAAUAUGCUCUAUUUAGUGCAUCAUGUUUCUAAUGACAUGCUUAUAUCUGCAUAUCAUCACUGUUUGUUGCUAAGACAUAAUACUCCAUGAAGUUGAUGUUACUACAGAAAGUUUACUGGUAGGAUAAUUUGUUUGAAAUAAUUUUUUAUUACAUCUUGUGUGAGAUUUAUGUUCCAUGAUGACAGUGUCUACUCAAAUGUCUACAAGCCUGAUAUUCUACAACCUCAGAUGUACUUAGUAAAUAGUAACCAUUAACAGAUAACUUGUUUGUUUCAUUCUAUGAAAUUUCAGAUGUUUAGUUCAAUAAUAAUGUUGACUAUACAUUCAUUGCAUUAAAUACAAAAAAAAUCUUUUCUAAGUAUGA